CUUUUGCUGAAUUCAAAGGAAAUUGUUGCUCCCCCUCUCUUCUCCAUUGAAAGCAUACUCUGAGUUUUCCAUUAAAGCAGCUCUUGAGCUUUCUCUCUCCUCCAUUGAAGUAGCUUCAUUCUGAGGUUGUACAUGAUCAUCUCCUAUAUACCAAGCGCAAGCCUCCGAAAAUCUUUGUGCUCUGUAUUGUUGAAAUUACCUUGUUCUUCUACUGCUAAUUUAAGGCAUUGUCAAUUGUUCAGUACACUCCAACAUACUUUAAUUGGAUACCAAGAUGAACAGCUUCAUGAUUUCCUGCAUAAAUGCACUAAAGCUGCAACCCUCAAAGCAGUACAAUCCUUACAUGCUCUUACCAUUACUCUGGGUUCAUAUGCUAGACAAUCAACCUACUUUGCUAAUAACAUUAUCUCUUUGUAUGCUUCUUUCCAUGAGUUACAGAGUGCACAUAAGGUAUUUGACAAAAUACCCCAAAAGAACUUGGUCUCCUACAAUGCUUUAAUGAGUGCAUAUAGUCGCAAUGAACAGGUGGAUGAUGCUUGGGAACUCUUUUCUUGUAUGUGGAUUUGUGGUUUUAGACCGACCCAAUUCACUGUUGGUGGUCUUCUCUCUUGUUCUUCUUUGGACUUGAAGAGGGGAUUUAUUUUACAUGGGUUAAUGUUGAAGAAUGGAUUGCUAUUUGCUGAACCUCAUGCUGGGACUGCUUUAAUUGGUAUGUUUGGCAGACAUGGGUGUAUUGACAAGGCUGUUCGAGUUUUUGAAGAUAUGCCUCACAAGAGUCUGGUCACAUGGAAUUCUGUUAUAUCUUUGCUAGGAUAUCAUGGGUUCAUGGAAGAAUCUAUGCUUUUAUUUCGUGAGAUGAUGAGGGCAAGUUAUAAGCUUUCCGAGGGCUCUAUAGUUGGUUUACUGUCUGGUUUUACGGGAGAAAAGCCGCAAGAAUUAGGACAACAAGUGCAUAGUCUAGUUAUUAAAACUGGUUUAACUCAUGAAGUUUCUACCUCAAAUUCCCUUCUCAACAUGUGUGUGAAAUGCAUGAACUUUUCUUUGGCUGUAAAAAUGUUUGAGGAGAUGCCAUUUCGUGAUGUUGUGACAUAUAAUACCUUGAUUGGGCCGUUGGCGAGAAGUGACAGUCCUGGCAGGGGAUUAGAGCUGCUCUGUCAUAUGCUCUGCGAAGGGAUUUUGCCUAACAAAACUACUUAUGUUGGCGCUAUCAAUUGUUCGGCCAAUCUGCGGAUACAACUGUGUGGAGAUUAUGUCCAUUCUAAGGUUAUAAAAAACUCAAUGAAAAAUUAUGUUUCUGUGGGUAGUGCAUUGGUUGACUUCUAUGGGAAGUGCGAUAUGUUAGUUUGUGCUCGACGGUGCUUUGAUGAAAUAUGUGAUAGAAAUGUUGUUUCAUGGAACAGCUUGAUUGCAGCUGUCACUUCUAAAAGUCAGAGCAGCUCUUUAUCUUUAUUUCAAGAAAUGUUUCAGUUUGGUUAUUGUCCUAACGAGUUUACAUUUUCUGCGGUGCUGAAAGUAUCUUCUGUCUUUGAGCUGCAACAGGUCCAUUGUUUGAUUAUAAGAACGGGAUACCUUCAACAUGAGUAUGUGUUUAGCUCGCUGAUUACCUCGUAUGCCAAAAAUGGACUAAUAUCUGAUGCAUUACUCAUUGCCAAUUCUGCGGAGACACCAAUUCCAGUGGUUUCCUCCAAUGUCAUAGCUGCUGCUUAUAGUAGAAAGGGAGAGUCUGAUAAAUCUAUGGAGAUCCUCUCUAAGCUGGAUGAACCUGACAUUAUUUCUUGGAACAUUCUAGUGUCUACUUGCUCUCAUAAUGGCUAUCAUACGGAAGCAUUUGAAGUUCUUAAGCACAUGCUGGAACUACAAAUUUAUCCUGACAAUUAUACAAUCGUGAGUGUCCUGUGUAGUUGCACCAGUCUGCGCUGCCUUGCUUUUGGUAUUUCCAUCCAUGGUCUCCUAAUUAAGUCCAACUUUGAACGUUGUGACACAUUUGUUUGCAACACCCUAAUAGACAUGUAUGCAAAAUGUGGAUGUGUUGAAGAUUCGGUGAAAGUCUUUGAUGCUACACAAGAUAAGAACCUUAUUACAUGGACUACUAUAAUUUCUGCUCUUGGGCAUCAUGGCUUUGUAUUACAGGCCUUGGAAAGGUUUAAGGAAAUGGAGCUCCUGGGAAUCAAGCCAGAUACUGUAUCAUUUGUGGCUGUGCUUUCAGCAUGCAGACAUGGAGGCUUAGUUGAAGAAGGAAUGGCGCUCUUUUCACGAAUGCAAAGGUUAUAUGAUCUUGAGCCAGGGAUGGAUCAUUAUCAUGGUGUGGUGGACCUAUUAGCUCGUCAUGGGCAUUUAAAGGAAGCAGAGCAAGUGAUCGCUAGCAUGCCAUUCCCUCCAAAUGCUCUUAUAUGGCGUAGUUUCCUAGAAGGCUGCAAGAGACAUGUUUCUAACAAUUAAAAAGUAUGAAACUGACAUAUGCUUAUGAAUAUUGAUCUGAGUGUGUAAAUGGUGAAAACACUGUAGCAGCUACAUGCACCUGAAGAUCACAUGAAAUUUGUUGCUUUUCAUGUUGGUCUUCCUCCUUUUCUCCCACUAUGUCCUCAGCACUAUAUAUCUCCCCUUUCACACUGCUUCUCUCGUUACCAUCUUCUUUCUCUCUGCUAAUUUCCUCUCAAUUGAAGAACAAAUCCAGAAAUAACAGUGAGAGUGAUCAAGAAUAUGAAGACAGUAACGGUGCACAAGCCAAUUCAAGCUUUUGAAUUUGAUGGAAAUCGCUUUUAACUUCACAACAUAUCUCCUCUCACACUGUCAUUCUUCUGCCAUACUUACCACACCAUUGAAGAUCCUUCUAAUGGCUUAGAACCUGGCGUCCACUUAUGCUCGGUUGAGAUGACAGUGAAGUGAACAGGACCUUGUUCAAUGGAGUACCAAGGCUUAUCUUUU